AUGUCCAAGUUGUCCGAGCAUCCGGAACUCUGGCAGAUGCUUCUGCGAAGCGACUUCAGCGCCUCCUUCACGCAUAGAGGCAUGUUGGUCACGUGGAUGGCCAUGCAUCGCCAAUUUCACCCGCGGCAGCUGUACGUGUUCAAGCGUCGGGAGCAUCUCCUUGACCUGGAGAUAGCGAGAAAUGAGCUCCAGCAGCGCGGGGAGCAGGCACGUGAACAGGAGCGCAAGCAAAGACGCUUGCGUGCUCUGAACUACUUCCUGGUGCGGUUCGGUCACUGCCUCUUCUGCACGUCUCUACUGGCCAGCAGCAUGCUCCUCUGGCUGCAGCUGCUGCAGGUACUUCAGUUGUCCUUCUACAUCAUCUUUGUGCCGCUCUUUUCCUUUGAGGUUUUCGUUCUGAUCUCAGCCGCUAUCACAUUCACCAUCUACCUGCAGCGCAGCAGCACCGGUUGGACUUUCUACUGGAACCGUCUUCAAGGGUCUGUCAGGUGGUUCAUUCUGCUCAGCUCACCAUGCGAAUGCUUGAUCGUACUUCUCUUCGGUCUGGCUGUGUUGCCGCUCACCGCAGCCACGCUGGAGCAGGACCUGUCUGUGCCGUGGCCCCGGCUCCGGUUCUUGCCGCCCUUCUUGGCCUUCUGGCUUGCCUCAUUGUCCACGGCGCUGAGCAUUCUGCGACGAAGGGCUUGCUCAUCCAGCUGCAUUGGCUCUAGCUUAUUCCUGUGGAUCCCACUUGCCACGUUCAGCACCCUCUUCUUUCUGAGGCUCUCCGUGUGUCCGUGGUUGCCGCCGGUCGUGAUGCUGAUGCCCAUCAUGCUUGUGACGGGCAUGCUGAUCCUGUUCUCUGGCUUCCUCAGCAUGGCUUCUUUCUGGCUUGGCUGGCGAGGCAGCCGAGACUGGAUGGAUUACGCGUCCACCACUUUGCUGGUCAUCCUCACGGUGCUGCUGCCCCUCCUGGCCGUGCAGCUGGCCUUG